GGACAGAAUUGGGCCGAAGACGCAAACAUAAACUGAAGAAAAAGAGAGAAACGUUUGUGGCGAUGUAAUGACAGAGGAGAGGCGAACGAGGAAGAGAAAAAUGGGAGACACAAAGGAGACAGCUUCGGCAAGAUGGCCUCUCAUCAAACCCAAAAAGGAUCUUCAGAUUACCCGUCUCCGAGAUUUCGAUCUCUUCACGGUCCAGAAUUUUUUCUCCUCUGCUGAAUCGAAGUCAUUCGUUAAAAUUGCUGAGUCAAUUGGUUUUUCUCAUCAAGGGAGUUUAGGUCCAACUAAAGGCGAAGCUUAUCGAGAUAAUGAUCGAAUCUCAGUGAAUGAUCCUGUCCUUGCAGAUACUAUUUGGGAGUCUGGACUUAACAAACUAUUUUCUGAUAUAAAAAUUAGAGGAAAGGUUGCUGUAGGACUGAAUCCAAAUAUCAGAUUCUAUAGGUACAAUGUUGGACAACGAUUUGGACGGCAUAUUGAUGAAAGUGUUAAUCUUGGAGAUGGAAACCGCACUUAUUAUACUCUGUUAGUGUAUUUGAGUGGUGGACUUAGUGAACAUAAAUCAAAGCCCAAAAAGGAUCCCAGAAAUACCGCAGUUUCAUCUUUUGAUCCUUUAGUUGGAGGAGAAACAGUCUUUUAUGGUCCUAGAAAUAACACUGUGGCUGAGGUGGCUCCUACUGAAGGGACAGCACUCCUGCACCUUCACGGAGAUAAAUGUUUGUUGCAUGAAGCCAGAAAUGUUACCAAGGGUGUCAAGUAUGUCUUUCGUUCAGAUGUAGUAUUUGCUUGAAGAGUGGUUCAUGUCUUGUACCAAAUAACCUGUCAUGGAAGAACAUUCUCAAGUGCGUGUUUUAUGAUAUAUUUUUUCCUGAGUGAAAGAUCAUACCCUUAUGAAACAGUCAUGGAAGAACAUUCUCAAGAUACGAGCUGGGACUUUUGGAUCAUGCUUAGAAGCUUUGAGAACAGUCUCUGAAAUUAUUUUUUCCAAUUGUGGACAUGUUUGGUCAUAGUAAUGAGCAUGAAGCCGAGCUUUGGAUACUGAAAAUAUUAAGGGAAGGAAUAUAAUUGUAAAGAUGUUUUCUGCUGGCAGAGGGGCCAUCUGAUAAAUCAGAAUUAUUGUAUCUUGAAGAUGAGGCUUGGAUGAGAACUUCGUGAAAAAGAUGCAUUUCGGUAUAUAUAUAUAUAUAUAUAUAUAUAAGUGUACGAUUUAGCAAAAACAUGCUUAAUUUUGAAUCACUGUACUUCAAAAGUUGGAAUAUUAGCCUGGAAGUACAGAUUUUGACCUCCCUUUAUCAAACCACCUACACGCACCUUCUGUUACCAACAGAAGUACAGAGAGCAAGUUAAUAUCGUACAUAUUAUUGAUUAUCGUUGAGAAAGGCUUUAAGGGGAGGUUAGAAGUUUUAGUCAUGUAAUUUAGAAAAAGCUUUUUCCAUCAAUCAACGUUGUUAGGUGAUGUUACUUCAUAAGUUCUCAGGUUAGUUUAGUUUUGCUGUAAAGUUGACGAGAGGAGUGCCAGAUUAUGCCCUAACAAAUUGCCUCCAUUGUGCGGAAGGUUCCUUUUA